UACCCUUGUCUGAACACAUGAGAUGAUGCUUGAUGGCGAUCUUCACAAACCACUGUUCUAAAGAGAUACAGAGCAGUUAAAUUUUAGUUAACUUCAAGACGUUAAACUGUUUUUGCUCAGUCAGUUCUUCUUUCACUGAGUGAUUGGAUCACUGUGCAGCAAUGUCUUACCUUCCAACUCUCUUCAAAUACGUCGACGAUCACCAGGACGAGUAUGUUGAGCGCCUGGCUCAGUGGGUUGCUGUACAGAGUGUGUCUGCCUGGCCAGACAAACGAGGAGAAAUCAAGAAGAUGAUGGAGAUGGCAGCCAAAGACAUUGAGAGACUGGGGGGAACUGUGGAGAUGGUUGACAUCGGCAUGCAGAAGUUGCCAUGUGGUGAAGAGAUCCCUCUUCCUCCAAUAAUUCUGGGUAGACUUGGCUCAGACCCAGGCAAGAAGACUGUGUGCAUUUACGGGCACUUGGAUGUGCAGCCAGCUAACAUUGAGGAUGGCUGGGACUCACCGCCCUUCACUCUGGUUGAAAGAGAUGGUAAAAUGUACGGACGUGGAUCUACGGAUGAUAAAGGCCCUGUGUUAGCCUGGUUCAACAUCAUUGAGGCCUAUCAGAAGAUUGGACAGGAACUGCCCAUCAAUAUAAAGUUCUGCUUUGAGGGAAUGGAGGAGUCUGGAUCAGAAGGAUUGGACGAGCUGGUUUUCUCUCGCAAAGACACUUUCUUUAAGGAUGUGGACUACGUCUGCAUUUCUGACAACUACUGGCUGGGGAAGACCAAGCCCUGCAUUACCUACGGCCUGAGAGGAAUCUGCUACUUCUUUGUUGAGGUGGAGUGCUGUGACAAAGAUCUUCACUCUGGCGUGUUUGGAGGAUCUGUUCAUGAGGCCAUGACUGACCUCAUAGUUCUGAUGGGCUCUUUGGUGGAUAACAAGGGAAAAAUUGGAAUACCAGGGAUAAACGACCAUGUGGCUAAACUGACUGAUGAAGAAAAGAAGCUCUACGAAAAGAUUGAGUUUGACAUGGAAGAAUACGCCAAAGAUGUUGGAGCAUGCAAACUGCUGCAUGACACAAAGGAGCAAAUUCUGAUGCAUCGUUGGAGAUACCCAUCCCUUUCUUUGCAUGGCAUAGAGGGAGCUUUCUCUGAGGCAGGAGCAAAAACUGUCAUUCCCCGCAAAGUCAUUGGCAAGUUCUCUAUCCGCCUGGUGCCUGAUAUGGAUCCCAAAGUGGUGGAGAAACAGGUAAUUACCCAUGUGGAGAAGAAGUUUGCAGAACUGCAAACUCCCAACAAACUGAAAGUGUACAUGGGACAUGGAGCCAAGGCCUGGGUGUCUGACUUUAACCAUCCUCACUACAUGGCUGGCAGAAAGGCCAUGAAGACUGUAUUUGGCGUGGAGCCUGAUAUGACCCGUGAGGGAGGAAGUAUCCCGGUGACUCUAACCUUCCAAGAAGCAACCGGUCAGAAUGUCAUGCUGCUGCCUGUCGGUUCUUCUGACGACGGGGCUCACUCCCAAAACGAGAAACUCAACAGAUCCAACUAUGUUCAGGGCACCAAGAUGUUGGGAGCUUACUUCUAUGAAGUAUCUCAGCUCAGCUAACCGGAACGUCUGAUUCAACGUGACUAGACUGGUGUAUUUUUAAUUGUCUGAAGAUGUGAAUGAAGUGCUUGCAUAAGGUUACGACCUCUAAAAGAAAGAUUUUUUU